UAAAAAAUUAUUUUAUUCUUUGUUUUUCACAUUUUCUCUUUGAGAUUCGACAUCCCUCACGUGAUGCGAUCAGCCUUUGUUUUCUGAGGGAAUGCAGAUAUUUGGUGCCUGCUGCAGUGCAGGGCUGCUGGCUGGCAGGAAGGUUUGGGGUGGGGGUAACAGGUGGAAAGCGAAAGCCGAGGACUGAAAUCAACAGGCUAAGCCACACUUUGCUCGUGACAGCUCAGCGUACAUGGUUUUGAAACUGUGUAAGUGUAUCAACGAACGUGCCUUUUGCAAAGCUAUCACGUAUUUCAGGUGUGACCCUGUAGACGAUGGCGAAUGCAGGGGAAGAGUUGACAACGGACUCUGUGCCCGAUCCUCCCAGAGUUGAAAUACACGACGACGAUGAUGUCGGUCACAACAGCGACAGCGACAACAGUAGCGAGAGGGGUUCCUCUGCGAAGGGGCAAACCAGUGGCAAUAAGACUCCACCGGCUCAAGGAAAGAAACGACGGAAUUCAAAACCGAAUUCAAAGCCUCAGUCUUCAUUUGGCAUUCCACGCAUCAACACUCCAGGAGCUGCGAAUAUGAUUUGCAUAAACAAUGCAAGCAAUAUUCAUAUUGGAAACAACAUUAGCAUCAAUGUUGUUGGUCAAGCAUAUUCCCAACGUUCGGCUUCCAAAUCACCUUCACCUGAACCUCGGAGCACUGAGAAAUCUCAAGAAGUGAAAGAUGCCUGUAAGAGUACUGCACCAGUACUCGUUGAAGACCUGGACACAGUGACUGAGCAUGUGGGAAGUCGGUGGACAAAGCUUGGUGAACGCUUAGGGUACAGUAAAGAGCAAAUGGAACAAUUUCAUGAAGAUCAUCAUGGCAUGGGGCUCAAAGAGGUGGUGUAUCAGAUGUUACUGGACUGGAAGCAAUACAAGGGUGCAGAAGCACAAGUGGGCCUCCUAUGUCAUUGUUUGUGGAGUGCAAGGCUCUAUUUAGCAGCAGAAAAAUUGGCUGCUCGACAUUCAGGCAAAUCACUGUAAUGGCAGUGGACUUUAAGAUUUUCUAAAAUUGGUGCUUAGUCUGCUGAUACAAGACUCCAUCCAAUUUGCUUGUUGUAGAAUGGAUGAAAAUUGUUUGCAUUCAGUUGUAAGAAUUACUCAGAAAUAGGAAAUAUCUGUCUGAAAUAUAUCAUUAAGCUUUCUGGAUGUUUAUUGUAAAAGGGUGCCUGUAUUCUUCUUUGUGGUUUUGGAAAUCUCCAUGCUGGGAAGACAUUUCUUCUUGCUUGCAUCUGUAAAGUAACUUUUAUUAAUUGAUAUUCAACAUUUUUGUGUAUACAGUAUUUUUACUUUUAUAGCUUUUAAUAUUGUCAAAUAAUUUUAUGUGUACCUUCGCUCCACUUCCAGUGUAAGAACUUAUAAAGGGCUCCAAUUAGGGGUGACCAAACUUUUACAUACCAUAAGCGAUUAUUAUUCACGUAGAGUUCAAAUACACUGUUUAAUUUGCUAUUUAAUUGAAAAUUAGGGACCCUUCAACUGCUAAGGUUAAUUGAGGCCCACGAGUGCUGAGCAAGUGAUCAGUUAUUUAUUAGAGUAUGAAUAACUGGUGGAAUGAGAAAUGAGAGAACCCAAGAAAACUCGCUAAGGACUCGCUUGUUCCACCACAAAUUCCUUGAUCGGAUUGAACCCAGGUCUCAGCAGUGGGAAGCGAAUGCCCCAAUUCACUCAAACCCUUUUUUGUUGUUUACGUUGGUGAACACAAACUUAGCUCUGUAGCAACCAACCAUCUAAAUAAUGCUUUAAGGCCAUGUUCAUUGCAAUGGCUGCUGAAAUGCUCAAGAGUCUAUUAAAAAUAUUUUAGGUGACUCUCAGAUUUAGAUGUUACCAGGGCUCAUAAAUCUUUGGAUACAUAUGGUCCUUUGGCCCCCUUGUUUCUUUUGUCCUUUAGUCCCACUUGACUCGUCCACAUUUCCUUUUACCUCCUUGGCUUAUUUUGUUCCGUUGUCCCAUUUGUCUUAUCCCCUUUUUCUUCCCUUUUCCAAUUUUGUCUCCAUUGUCCCAUUUUGUCCCUAUGCCCUCUUCAUCCUCCUUCCCUCGCUUUAUCCCCUUUCAUCCUCUUGGUCCUUCCAUGCACUGCAUUUGUUGGUCCUUGCAUUGCAAGUGCACCAACAACCCUUGUUACAGAACAUCAAGGGUGAUGACAAUUCUUAACUCGUGAAAGUGUUAAAUGUUUAUUUUGAAUAACUAGAUAUAAAAAAAAAAAUUGAAACUCUUCCCCUACUUUUAAGGACUCGGACAAAAGAUUAACUUCUCAACUCUGGUAUUGGUCCGCCUUGCAGUUAAUCUUCCAGCCUGGUUCUUGAAUACUAAUUUUGAGGACUUGUUUCAUAAAUAACUAUUUCCAUCUUAUGUCCAUACUUGGGGUUGAAAAAUUUGAGUAGAGGUAGGAUGUGCUUAGUGGGCAUAAUUUAGGGGCAAUGGCAUUCAUUCAAUUUCAGAAUAUGGGAGGUGGAGGGAUGUGGAGUCUGAAUGAGGUGGAGCACCAGAUGAGAACUUCGGAGGCAUCUGUUCUUUCUACUCAUAAGAAUGUGCCAUGUAUAGCACAUGUCCCAUAGGCUGGUCAAUCCUUCUCUAGAUAGAUCUAGACCACAUUAAGUUCAUUCUGUGAAGUAUGAAAAGUUAGAAUUCAAUGACCCUCACCAUAGAGUAAAGAACAAUUAACGUUUUCUUAAUUUUACAUCUUUGGAACAGCAGUAUCACAGUACUUGCAUAAAAUAUAACAGUAAAU